CGGAGAAAAACGAGCGAAAAAAACUCCACAACAUUAAAAGUCUAAUGUAACAGCAUUUACAAAUCAUUAUGUUGUUACAACGUCAAUACAAUUAUGAUUUAUUUAAUAUAGAAAACCUGUUGGAAUAAUUGGAACAGUUCAAACCCAAGCAUUAUUGUCUGUAAUAUAAUCAGACACUUUGUAAUAAGCUUUUUUAAUAAGUGCUUUUUUUAUAAUAUCUUUAAAUUUAUUUAUGGCUAACUCUUGGAUAUUGCUUGGGACUUUAUUGUUUAAGCGAACACAAAGACCUUUAAAUGAAUUAUUAAUUUUGUGAAGCCUAGUAGCAGGUAAAGUUAGUUUAUUUUUGUUUCUUGUAUUAACUGUAUGAACAUCACUGUUUUUAAGAAACAAAUUAAUAUUUUUUCUUACAAGUAAUAAAUUUUCGUAUAUGUAUUGUGAUGCGACCGUCAUUAUUCCAAAUUCUUUAAACUUAUCUCUUAAUGAUUCUUUAACUUUAAGAUUAUAAAUUGAUCGAAUAGCUCUCUUCUGCAGCACAAAAUAGUUUGAAUGUCGGCGGCAUUUCCCCACAAUAAAAUUCCGUACGACAUUACACUAUGGAAAUAACUAAAGUACACUAAUCUGGUCGUAUCUACAUCCGUUAGCUGGCGUAUCUUCAUUACGGCAUAUGCUGCAGAGCUAUUUGACAAUUUAUAAAUAUGUGGGCCCCAUUGAAGCUUAGAAUCUAAAGUUAUCCCUAAGAAUAUAGUGGUGUCUACAAGGCCCACAUUCCUAUCCUUUACAUUCACACUGGUUUUUACCUGUUUUACAUUAGGUAAUACAAAUUUCAUACAUUUCGUUUUUCCUUCAUUAAGUAAUAAAUUGUUAACAUUGAACCAGUGGACUACCUUAGAGAUACAAUUGUUCACGUCGUCAAUAACUUUCUUUGCGUUUGAGUUUAAAUAAAAGUGAUGUAUCAUCCGCGAACAAUACUAUCUCAUGGUUAUCUCUUACAUAGUAAGGUGUCAUUAAUAUAAAUUAAAAAUAAGAAAGUACCUAGGAUUGAGCCCUGCGGAACACCCAUCUUAACCGGCGAACCCGGAGACUUAUUACCAUUAAUGUCAACCCUCUGAAUCCUAUCCCUCAGGUAUGAUGCAAUAAGAUCCAGAUCAGUAUCUCUAAAUCCAUAGUGGUGGAGUUUCCUGAGUAAUGUUUCAUGAAAAACGCAAUCCAAAGACUUGGACAAGUCGCAAAACACACCUAGAGCAUCCUGCGAGUUCUCCCAGGCGUCAAAAAUUUGCUGUAUAAGUUCAACACCGGCAUCGGUUGUUGAACGACCCCGUGUAAAACCAAAUUGUUUACAAUGAAGUAUAUUAUAUUUAUUAAAAUGUGAUUGCAUUUGAUCUAACAUGAUUUUUUCGAAAAUUUUACUAAAGGUGGGAAGUACAGAAAUUGGUCUGAUGUUUGUGGGGUCUGAUGUUCUUCCCGUUUUAUGCAAAGGAGUAAUUUUACUGUAUUUCAUGAGGUCAGGAAAAACACCACAGUCAACACAAUCAUUAAAUAUGCAACCUAGAAUAGGAGCUAUUGUCUCAAUUACCGAUUUAGAAACAUCAACGGAAUUGCCCCACAGAUCCGCGGUUUUCUUUUUAUUUAAUUUGUGAAACGUUUUUAUUACAUCUUUAAAGUCAACAUGUUUAAAAUGAAAAUAAGUAGUACAAGGUUUCACGUUUUCUCUUAAGAUUGAUUCGGCAGCAAUGGGGGAAGAGUUCAAAGAUUUCGUAGUUGAAACUGGAAUAUCAGUAAAGAAAUUUUCAAAUGCUUUAGCAACUUCAAUAUCUGAUGUAACCUUUUUAUUAUCAAUAUUUAGUUUAUAAUUAUUUUUGCGAGUUUUGGAUUUUCCAGUUUCAUUGUUUAUAAUAUUCCAUGUCAUUUUGAUUUUGUCAUUACUGUUCGAUUUUGAACAAAUUUGAUUUUGUCAUUAAGUUUUACGGGACCCCGCAUAAAUUGCGGAUUCACAUGGUUGCCGCUGUAAUCAAAUCAAUUCAGCAAAUGCCCCGCGCGAUUAAAAGCAGUGCUGUAUUGCAAUCCCUAGUUAUGUUCCCGAAGCCCUCGAAGGGUUCUGAAUCCGAAAAUGAGAAAUCGAUAGAGAAUGGAGGGUAUGAAAGGGCCGCGUUGCUCUAUGACAUCAAAACAUCAACAGCAAUAAAACACUGGCAACCAGUAAAUUUCAACCUUCAGUUAAUGACAAAUUCACCAGAAUUCUUUCAAAAUGUUAACAAUAAAAAUCCAUUGAUACAAUCAAGUGAUUUUGGGAAUAAAAUUUUAAGUGUUUACUACAAAAUGGAUACAAUAAAUCGCAUAACAGAGACAUUUGAAAAUAUAAUAACAGCAAUAAAAAAUAAAAAUUCAUCGGAAAGACUUCACAGUCUAAAAAAGGACAUCCAGUCAUUGUUCACGGAUUUGGUGGUUCUAGGCAGUGAAAACCAUGAGCAGUAUGUUAGAUCGAUCGCUAUGGAAGGUUACCUCUCACUCCUUUCUGCCAAAACUAUGCCUAUAUCUUUGGUGGAAAAACGCAACAUUCUUCAAGUUGCAUACGAUAAGCUGAAACCAUACGCUCUAAGCGACGAAUGCCUCUUUGUUUUGCUAAGAAUCCAGAAUCUUUUAUGCUACCAUCUAAUCCAACUGAAUCAGGUUAAUCUCGCUCGAGAGAUAUUGGAAAAUACAGAAGAACUUUACGACAAAAUCAGCACUGCGGAACCAAAUAAAUUUUUUGACGCCGAGGACUUGUUUACUUCGGAACCUUUAAACAAAAUUAAACGAAUAAACCCAGAAAAAAUCGAUAAAAUUAUCACGAACAACGUUCAAAUGCAAGCUUUCCUUUAUAACAAACUCGAUAUACCAGGGAAGUAUACUCUGUAUAACCACACGGCACUGCGCAGGCAGCUAGAAAUGAAGGAAGGCACACCACAAGAGUGGGCGUUGCGGACCGCCAGGCUAGGUAAUUAUUUCACAUACCUCAAUGAAAUGGGUAACGCCCGACAUCACCUCUGCGCUGCAUACCAUGUGCUGAGAACAUGCCACGAUAACUGCAAGCUCAUACCUGGAGAAUUUGUAUUGCAAAAAGCCGAUUUCGAAAUGCACUUUUUAGAAUUGAGUCAUCAUUGGGUGAAAUACGGCUUAACUCUAUUCAAAUUAUCCAAAAAGAUGAUACUGAGCCGCUAUUUCUCCCAGCCCACUUCCAGGUCUGACCUAUGGAAAACGGUGUACUUACUAGGGGAAAACAAUUUAGACAAUGCAGAGAAAUUCGAAGAAGAUAAUUUGAAAGAUAUGGUAGAUGAAAAGGAAGAUGGUAACGCAAAACGGGAAAAGCUUUUCUCCUUUCCGUCUUUAAACCUUACGGAAACAGAAAAUAGAGUGCCACUGAAAGUGGUCAGCAACACAGAAGAGGCGAGGAAACUGUUCGCUUUCACACACAAGUGGUUGAUGCGGGCGAAGCAUUACUACGCCUUCGAACAGCACUCAGCUCAGUACAUAACUUGUUCUCUGCAACUGGCAGAGUUGUACGAACACUUAGCCUUCUUCGAGAGGGACAUCGACUGCCAGUAUAGUAUACAGAAGCGCAGAGCUGAUGUCCUCGAAGUGUUGAAUACAUUGCUUAAGACUUGCGAUAACGUGAUGUCGGUGCAGAUUGAUGUUAUCCGUGAAUUGUCACAAGUGCAGCUAGAAUUGAUGGCCUUGAAUUUGCAGAAGCUAUGGCGCGAAGAGUCCCAGACGAAUAUCCUAAACUUGGACACCGACGCUGAUACGAUUAUUAACUCUCUUGGGUCUGAUUCAAAUAAAACCUUGACAGAAAAGACUUUAAAUGCAUCCUGCAAGAAUGCUUUCUUGAGAAAGAUGGAAGCAGCUACCGCCAUCAACGGGAAACUAUUUCGGCUCAGUGACGACGGCGCCUUUAAGAGGCACACCGCCGAACGGACCACACCCCAGUGGCUGUCCACCGAGGACCCCGCAACUCCUACGGGCGCUUUACGACAUAAUAUCCGCUAA